CAUCGAUGUAUCGCUCGUAUACCUAGUUAUCAUGCUACUUAACUAUUUUAUAUCAACAAUUCCAACCUAUUAAUUUCGCUUAAUAUGUGGAGUGACACGGUCUUGAUUGUAUUUAUAUCAAUCUGUACAGCACUUUUGGGAGAAGGUCUCACCUGGGUGUUGGUAUAUAGGACUGAAAAGUACCAAAAGCUAAAAGGAGAAGUGGAGAAACAGAGCAAAAAAUUAGAAAGACGAAAGGAAAUCCAUGGAGAAUCUCUAGAUAAAUCCCAGAAAAAGAAGAUUGAGCGCGAUGAAGAGAAAUUAAAAAACAACAACAGAGACCUAUCGUUGGUUAAAAUGAAGUCUAUGUUUGCAACAGGUUUUGCGUUCACUGCACUUCUCAGCAUGUUUAAUAGCAUAUUCGAUGGCCGCGUGGUAGCACAAUUACCGUUCACACCCAUUUCUUGGAUACAAGGUUUGAGCCAUAGGAACCUAUCAGGCGAUGAUUAUACCGAUUGUUCCUUCAUCUUCCUUUACAUUCUUUGUACUAUGUCCAUAAGGCAGAAUAUUCAAAAGUUGUUGGGAUUCGCACCUUCAAGAGCAGCAAGCAAACAGGGUGGCGGAUUGUUUGGUCCGACUCCGGGACAGUUCAAAUGAAAAUACAUAUGUAUGUAUGGAGCUUUGAAUUCUCUGUGUUUAUUUGAAUGUAAUCACAUUGUGUAUUUUUAUUAAAUAUAUUAAAUGUAAUUGACUUAAAAAUAA